AUGGUGCGAGCUCUAGGCAGAGCGGCGUCACCGCACGGCGCCGCGAAGGCUUCAUCAAGCACCAGCAUCCUCCCGCUAAUCGCCGCCGGCCACAUGUCCUCCAUCUGGCACGACAUCAUCCUCAUCCCGCCUGCCCCCGCCGGUGCGCCUGCGCGUCCCCAUUCCCCAUCUGGAAUCUCCUCGCGGCGCCCUAAUCAUCAUCAUCGUCGCAAUCAUCACCAUGAUGAUGAUUCUGUGCCGGCGGCGCCGGCUGUGGCGGCGGGUCUCUCGACCUCCACUUUCACGUUCGUCUGCCGCUCCGCCGCUUCCCGUUCCGCCGAGUCGCCCUCUGUCGUCCCCGGCGACGGCGGCGGCGGGAGGCGGCGGAAGGACGACCCUCUGCAAAAGGUGACGUUCAGCGAAAAGCGGAAAGUAUUGGCGCUGGACGGCAGUCUUAAAGUGCAAACCGUCCCGCCGUCGUCAUCCUCAAAGUCCGAAUCGGCCGAGUCGCCCGAUUCGGCCGAGUCGCUGCUGCUCGCGGCGCCGUGGAAUAUGGGCAUCCUGCCGCAGACGUGCGUUCUCGCGCCGCGAUCCAUGUCGAUGUUCUUCCACUGGGGUGUUGACGAAGAUCCCGCUGAAGCGAAGGAAAGAGAACGCAGAAAUGCUCUUAUCGGGGAUAACGAUGAUGAUGGUUUGGGUGGUGGGGAUUCUGUGAAGGAUUUUAAGGAUUCGCUUGUAACGGCGUGCGACAACUCGCCGCUCGAAGCGCUGGAGAUUGGGUCGCAGGCGCGCGAACCUGGCGACGUGUACGACGUUUUGCCGCUGCUGGCGAUGCCCUUGCGACUGAUGGGGGCGGAGCGAAACAGCAUGCCGAUUUCGUGGAGGAUUGUAACCAUCGCAGCGGACGACGAGCUCGUGACAAGCGGGAAGCUAAAAACUUUUAUCCGCAGCCGAUUGGACGAAGUGCGAGAUUGGGCAGAAAAAACAGAGUUUUACAGCGAAAUAGCUGGAGCAGGUCGAGCUGUCAACAAAUGCGCCAAACUUAUCCCGUCUUUCUCAUUCGUCGAGAGGCGUCCCGCCGCCGGCGCAUCGGUUUCGGGGGAGCGCGGAGACUCCAGAGCGGGUUCCGCGGAAGACGGGGGGAAGCAGGCGGAGCAGGAACCUGAAGCGGAGGAAUGCAUUUGGGAAGCCAAGAACACGUGGACGAAUAAAAAAGCCAAGAAACGGAUAGAUCCCGCCGCGCAGAGAGCCGCGCAAGCGGCGGCGGAAGCUGCGCAAGCGGCGGCGCACGCAGCGGCGCAAGCAGCAGCGGAGGCGGCGGCGGAAGCGGAGCGCACGAUUCGCUACGCGCACCGCACGUGGCGGAUCCUCUGCCACUCGCUGCGCCGCCCCGUGCUGCGGCGCAUCGCGCAUGAGCAGGCUCACACGCAGGAGGCUCAUAGCGAGUCUCAUAACGAGUCUCAUAAGGAGUCCCAUAACGAGUCCCAUAAGGAGUCCCAUAACGAGUUAGAGAAAGUGUCCCAUGCGGAGCCUCAAAAGGAGUCUCAUAAAGACUCUCGUGUGGAGUCCCUUAACGAGUCACACAAGUGGCUUCACAAUGAGUCGCAUGCGAAUUCUCCUCGCCACGAGUCGCACAAUCCGUCUGCUGGUCAGGGGAUACUCAUUGCUGCUCGAGAGGCUGUGGAGGGGGCGAAGGGCGUGGCUGAUAAGGUAGCAGGCGUUGCUGCUAAACGCAUUGCUGUGGCUGGGGCUGUAGCGGGGACGGUAGCGGGGACGGUGGCAGGGACUGUAGCGGGGACAGCUGAGCAUGUGGCUGGGAAUGUGGCAGGGGCGGCAGGAGUAGUGGUGGGGAGAGUGACUGGCGCGGCAGGCGUGGUGGGAGGUUCGGUGACCGGGGCUGCUGGUAAGGUAGCCGGGGCUGCAGGUACGGUAGCAGGUACGGUUGCCGGGGCUGCAGGUACGGUAGCGGGUACAGUAGCUGGGGCCGCAGGUACGGUAGCAGGCACGGUAGCUGGGGCUGCAGGUACGGUAGCAGGCACGGUAGCUGGGGCUGCGGGUACGGUAGCAGGCACGGUAGCCGGAGCUGCAGGUUCGGUAGCAGGCACGGUGGCGAGUUUACCCAGAGAGGCAGUAGGGGUUGUGUCUCGCAGGGUGCGGAAUAUAGGUGCAGGGGGAAAGGCGACGAGUGCGCGCGUGCGCAGGGGAGCGGAGGCUCGGAUCGAAGCUGCACAGAGCACAGUGAAAUCAGUGAGUGCGAGGGUGCAACGGGGCGCCGGGGCAAGCUUCGGAGUGGCUCGGCAUGCUGUGGAGGAGAGGCUCGGAUUGGGUCGGCAUGGUUCGGAGGAGAGGCUCGGGAUGGGUCGGAACGGUUCGGAGGAGAGUCUGGGGAUGAGCCGGCAUGGUUCGGAAGAGAGGCUCGGGAUGGGUCGGCAUGGUUCGGAAGAGAGGCUCGGGAUGGGUCGGCAUGGUUCAGAAGAGAGGCUCGGGAUGAGCCGGCAUGGUUCGGAGGGGAUGCUCGGGGCGGAUUGGCAUGGUGCGGAGGGUGGGAGUGCAGUGUUUGAGCUGUUUGGAAUGGUUGGUGAGAGUAGUUCGGAGGGAGGGAAUGAAGCACUAGAGUCGUUUGGAAGGGUUGGUGAAGCUGCUUCUGAGGGUGGGAGUGUGGUGCUAGAGUCGUUUGAAAGGGCGGUUGAAGAUGGUUCGGAGGGUGAGAGUGCGGUGCUGGAAUCGUUUGAAAGGGUAGGUGCAGCUGGUUCGGAGAUUGGGAGUGUGCGAAAGAUGCCACAAACAGAGACAAAUUCUUGCGGAGAGGUGAGAUCUGGUGCAGAGGCGAUUGAAGUGGUUCAAAGCGGUGUGGAGGAGUCUAGUUGUGUGAGAGGAGGAUCAGGGGCGCAUUCGGACUUGGAGGCAUCUCAGAGGAGUGAGGGUGCAGCGAAUAGUGAGUCGCCUGAACGACAGGUGGAGAUCACAAGUAGGGGAGUGCAGAGCGGUGCAGAGGAAUGUAGCAGUGUGAGAGUGGGGUGUGGAGGCUCAGGGGCGCAUUCAGGUCUGGAGCUGUCUCAGCGGAGUGAGGGUGUCGCGAGUAAUGAGUCGCCUGAAAGAGAGGUGGAGAGCGGGAGCGGGGGAGUGCAGAGCGGUGUGGAGGAUUCUACGAGUGUGGGAGAUUUGAGAGAAGGAUCAGGGGCGCAUUCUAAUCUGGAUGCAUCUCAGCGGAGUGAGGGUGCAGCAGGUAGAGAUUCGCCAGAACGCGAGGUGGAGAGAGAGAGCGGGGGAGUGCAGAGCGGUGCAGAGGCGUAUUCUGAGGCACCUGGGAACGAGGCGAGGAGUGGGAGUGGCAGACCCUCCUCUUUCCACACCAGCAGCCUCUCCUCCUCUCUCCCCCUCUUCCGUCUCACCUCCUCGCACUCCAUCCCUGCACUCCCCUCUUCUCCUUCCCUCUCACUCCCUCACUCUCUCUUCCACCUCUAG